AUGUCUGUUGUGGGCAUUGACUUGGGCACGCUCAACAGCGUCAUUGCUGUUGCGCGCAACCGCGGUGUCGAUGUGAUCGCCAACGAGGUCUCCAACCGCGCCACACCCUCGCUCGUCGGCUUCGGCCCCAAGAGCAGAUACAUUGGCGAGGCGGCCAAGAACCAGGAAGUGUCGAACCUCAAGAACACGGUCGCGUCGUUUGUCCGCCUCGCCGGGCGCGCCUACAGCGACCCCGAUGUCCAGCUCGAGCAGGACUUUGUCUCGGCCCCGCUCGUCGACAUCAACGGCCAGGUCGGCGCCGAGGUCACAUACCUGGGCAAGAAGGAGCAGUUCACGGCGACGCAAAUCACAGCCAUGUACCUGACCCGCAUGCGCGCCACGGCGUCGACGGAGCUGAAGCUGCCCGUCAACGACGUGGUGCUCUCGUGCCCCGUCUGGUACACAGACGCCCAGCGCCGCGCCCUCCUCGACGCUGCCCAGAUUGCCGGCCUCAACUGCCUGCGCCUGAUCAACGACAACACGGCCGUCGCGCUCGGCUACGGCAUCACCAAGCUCGACCUGCCCGCCGCCGACGAGAAGCCCAAGCGCGUCUGCUUUGUCAACGUCGGCCACAGCAACUACACGGCCACCGUGGUCGAGUUCAAAAAGGGCGAGCUCGCGGUCAAGUCGAGCGCCUGGGACCGCCACUUUGGCGGCCGCUACAUUGACAAGGCCCUCGUGGAGCACUUUGCCAAGGAGUUUGACGAAAAGUACAAGAUCAACGUCAUGGAGAAUGGCAAGGCGCGCUUCCGUCUGGCGGCCGGCGUCGAGAAGCUCAAAAAGGUCCUCUCCGCCAACAACAUGGCGCCCCUCAACGUCGAGUCCAUUAUGAGCGACGUCGACGUGCGCGGCAUGCUCAAGCGCGAGGAGCUCGAGGAGCUCAUCAAGCCUCUGCUCGAGCGCGCCACUGUGCCCAUUGAGCAGGCCCUCGCCGAGGCCAGCCUCAAGCCCGAGGACAUUGACCACGUCGAGCUGGUCGGUGGAUGCACGCGUGUCCCUGCCCUCAAGGCUGCCAUCCAGGACUUCUUCCCGGGCAAGACGCUGUCCUUUACACUCAACGCCGACGAGGCCGUCGCCCGUGGCUGCGCCUUUAGCUGCGCCAUCCUCUCGCCCGUCUUCCGUGUCCGCGACUUCUCCAUCCACGACAUGGUCAACUACCCCGUCGAGUUCACCUGGGAGAAGUCGGAGGAUAUCCCCGACGAGGACACCAACCUGACCGUCUUCAACAAGGGCAACGUCAUGCCGUCCACAAAGAUUCUGACGUUUUACCGAAAGCACGCUUUCGACCUCGAGGCCAAGUACGCCAAGCCCGAGCUGCUGCCCGGCAAGGCCAACCCCUGGAUCGGCCGCUUCUCCGUCAAGGGCGUCAAGGAGGACCCCAAGGGCGACUUUAUGAUUUGCAAGCUCAAGGCCCGUCUGAACAUCCACGGCGUGCUCAACGUCGAGUCUGGCUACUACGUCGAGGAGGUCGAGGUCGAGGAGCCGAUUCCGGAGCCCGAGGGCGAGAAGAAGGACGGAGAAGUACGUGUUCCCGCAUCCCCCCUUGAUUUUCAUGGCGACGAGCAACCCCGCGAAGAGCCUGCCGCCAAACGGCGCAAGCAAAGCGCUGAAUCUGCACAAAGCACUGAAUCUGCACAAAGCACUGAAUCUGCACAAAGCACUGAAUCUGCACAAGGCACUGAAUCUGUACUUGGGCGUCCCGCUUCUGCGAGCGCCGAGCAUGAGCUAACGAGUGAUUUGCAGAUGGACGUGGACAAGGAAAAGGAGCCCCCAAAGAUGCGCAAGGUCAAGAAGCAGCAGCGAAAGGGUGACCUCCCUCUGUCGGCAGGCACAGCAUCGCUCGACGAGGCUACCAGGAGCCUGCAGGCCGAGCGUGAGAACGCCAUGAUCAUGGAGGACAAGCUCGUCCAGGACACGGAGAAUGAGAAGAACAACCUCGAGAGCAUGAUUUACGAGCUCAAGGACAAGAUCAUUGACCAGUACGCCGACUUCGCCAGCGACGACGAGAAGUCGAGGCUCAGCGCCAAGCUCGAGCAGAUUGAGGACUGGCUGUACGACGACGGCGAGGACGCUUCCAAGGCACAGUACGUCUCCAAGAAGGAGGACAUACGAUCGAUUGCCGGUCCCAUUAUCCAGCGCUACAACGACAAGCUCCAGGAGGAGGAGUCGAAAAAGCGCGAGAAGUGGGAGAAGGAGGCCGCCGCCAAGCAGGCCGAGAUUGAGCGCCAGAAGCGCGAGGCCGAGGCCAAGAAGGGCGACGCUCUCCCCAAAGAGGACACGGACAUGACAGACGCGGAGACGACCAAGCCCGAUGCCGUCGAGGAGUCGUAG